AUGAAACGAAAAGAUGGGCGUGGCCAACAGAGCCUCCGAACUGAGGAUAACAAUGAUGAGAGUGGGUGCAGCGGGCAACGAGAGCACGAGUCUCCGACGGACUCGCCAAUACCAACAUCGAACGACGACGAAGCGACGACAGCAGCAGCAGCCAUGACGAACGAGCGAUCACGAACACAACGACGAUCCAGACGAUUUUCAGUAUUACCAUCUUCACACUUUCCUAAUACUUCUGCAUCUUUUUAUUCACUAUUAAAAUUUCAACCGCUAUCAUCAACAUUUUCAUGGCGACAUAUGUACUAUGCGGUUUUCUUGAUAUGUUGGAUUGGUAGUGGCGUCGUGGCGGCGCCCACAGAUCGAAACGACCGGCAACCAACUGUUGAGAUUCUUGAUGGAUAUGUUAAUUAUUCAGUUAAUGGAAGUUCAUCAGUUCCAACAUUUCAAGAAAUCUCCCGAAACGCGUUCCUUCAACUUAAAGGAACUCCAGUAGAGUCUCGUUUUCGACUCGGCACAGCCUAUCAACUGGAGAGCACAGAAGAGGUGAACCAUGUAAACCAUGUAGAUCAUCAAUCACACGUGGAUCAUUUAACACGGCACCAUCGUAAGAAGAAUCGAAAGCCAGUUGGAAAGUUGAAGAAACUUGGAAAAGACGAGCACGGUGACACAGUCUUUGAAGGAAGAAAACAUGCAUUACUACAACUUGCCGAUCCAGAUGCAUUAAUUAUGAAUCAACGAUGCGAUGGUCAAAAGUUCAAGCAACGAAUAAGAGUUGACGGAUGUCUGACAAAGGUCGUUGUUAAUCGAUUAUGCCAUGGUGCUUGUGCAAGUAUUUUCAUCCCAAGAAUGCAUUCAAAAAAACUGAAAGCAGCAUUCCGGAGUUGUGCAGCAUGUGCUCCUGCCGAAUAUGACUAUGUUGAUAUAACUUUAGAUUGUCCCGGCAGGACACCGCCAACUGCAACUAAAACGAUUGUGAAGGUGAAAAGUUGCAAGUGCAAAGAAGUGAGGAUAGCACCUUUCUAAUAAUUAUUAUCAUACCCGUGUCUUUACCUAUUUUCUAGCAACUAGAUGAUGUCUGUGUGCCACUUCGCCUGUAAGCUGAUCUCGUUCUCUCUCAUCUUCUCCUUCUCAAAUGCGGAAAAAAACAAAAACGAUAAUCGUCCUUUCAUCUAAUUCCUUCAAACAACCCCGUUACUUCAAUUGCUAAAACGUGUAAACCCCUUCAGAUCCUACAACAAAGUUAUUUAGAAUUAGUUCUAGUUGCUUUUCCUAUUCCUUUUUAUAUUAAUGACACGGGUUAAUCAUACUUCUUUGCACAACUUUUAUCUUCUGUCACAAACUGAUUUCCAAUUCUCUUCCAACUGUUCCAACUGUUCCACACGGAAGUUUUAAUUCCAGAAAAUCAACUUUUAUUUCCAAAACAAUGUUUUUCUUUUUUUAAUAAGUACUAUUGAUAAUAUACGAGUGUCUCUCCAGUGCAAAAUAUGUUUCAUUGUCUGAAAAUAAAUGUUUCAAUAUUAA